UCCUCUGCAGGAACCCGGAAGGGCGAGCCUCGAGAUGGAGGGGGAUCAGAAAGUGGAGCUCAGCGAAGCGCUGGCGCUCGGGCCAGGCUGGCGCCACGCCUGCCAUGCACUGCUCUACGCGCCCGACCCCCGCAAGCUGUUCGGCCGUAUCCCGAUGCGCUUCGCCGUGCUGAUGCAGAUGCGCUUCGACGGGCGCCUGGGCUUCCCUGGAGGCUUCGUGGACGCGCAGGACAGCUGCCUGGAGGACGGGCUAAACCGUGAACUGCGCGAGGAGCUGGGCGACGCGAUGUCUGCCUUCCGCGUGGAACGCUCCGACUACCGCAGCUCGCACAUCGCGGCCAGACCGCGCGUGGUGGCCCACUUCUAUGCCAAACGCCUGACUCUGGAACAGCUGCAGGCUGUGGAAGCCAGGGCACCCCAAGCCAAGGACCACGGGCUGGAGGUGCUGGGCCUGGUGCGGGUACCCCUCUACAUCCUGCGUGAUGGCGGGGGAGGCUUGCCCGCCUUUCUGGAGAAUUCCUUCAUUGGUGCUGCCCGGGAGCAGCUACUAGAAGCCCUUCGGGACUUGGAACUUCUGGAUCCUGGCACUAUUGCAAAACUCAAGAUCCCAGAUUCUAAGUAGAAUCGGCCAGGAUGGACUCCUGGAGCCCAAGUUGAGGGCCUUGGUUUGAGGGAGGGAGAGAAAAAGGGGGGGGGGAGAGCAAAUGCUUUCUCUUUGGGGUCUGAGGGGUUGUAGACGAUACCAGAGUAACAAUAGAGGUGGAUGUGCGUGUUUUCAACGGAGGACCUUGUCUGGUGGCAUUAGGUAGGGAUGACGGCCUUUGUAGUAUCCCAGAGUCCUUCCUUAUACAUGGGCAAGCAGCCUGGAAGCUCCAGGUAUGUAUGUGUGUGGCGUGUGGUCACACACAGCCUGGCACACUGUCAUCUGCCCACUUUAACCAUGAGGUGGCAUUUGGCAUAUCCCACCCCAUCCUGGUAAACGGGAGGGUUUCAACCCCAUCUGCUGUAAGGCUGCUGCCCAAUGUCCAACCCAGCCCAGGCCUGUUAGGGAAGCAAAGGAGGUUGCUUCUCUCUGAGAAUCAACCUGUGUUACCUGGGGCUUGAGCAAAGCAGUGGGUUUCAAAAAGUGACCUAAGAGUCUACCCAGCCCUGCUUUCCAACUGAAGGUUGGAACGUGUCAAGGGCUUCUUGGCCUGAGACCUCAGUCCUGAUGCCUGUUUUUCCCAGUACUUAUCUUUGAGCUUUCUUUGUCUCUGUCUAGCCUGCUCUGCCAAAAUAAGAGGCAUCUGGAAGAGUAGGCUGGUAUCUAGGCCUGCAAGUUCCUGAGCUCUUUCCAAAGGUACGGGUUAAUACUUGCUCAGUGGUAGGUAUGGUGACAGAAAUAAGAGACCCACUGCUCGUGUCUUUAAGACUUCAGAGUGGGGAGCAGUCACACAGCAUCAUAAACAGCACUGCACAGUAAAAAAGUAUAAGCUUCAUCAGUCACAUGGUGUCCCUGGGUACCCUUUAACUCUGCCAUGACGACACUUACCUGCAUAAUGUAUAAAUUUGUGGUUGUUGUGUCCCAAUAAAACACCAGUGGAAAAGCA